AGAUCCAGGUUCUCUCUCCCUUUCAACUCCGGUGGCGGCGAGAGCAAGUAGCACAAACUUAUGUGAAAGCGACUCCAAACUACGAUGGAUCCCCAGGCAAGUCAACCUCUCAGCUUUGGUGACACUCAACCCGUUAACUCUUCAUAGGGUCACGUCGUGCGCUCUCUUGGAUCCAAAGUCUUCUCUUUCUCAGAUUCAGUGACAAAGAGGGUAAGUAGUAUGGACUCUGGUUGCAGUGACGGCGCCAGAUCCCUAGAUCUGGUGACGGCGAGGGAAAGUAACAUAGACUUCAGUGGCAGUGGCUCUAGACUACAACGCACCCCGAGCGGAUCAACCACAUAGAUUGAUUGUGCACUGACAUAUUAUUCAUAGGACCACUAAUGCGUAUCCUCUCAGAUCCAAACUCUCUCACCCUUUUCAGAUCUAGUGACAUUGAGGGCAAGUAGCAAGAGUUUGGCAGCAGUCGUGGACUACGACGGAUCCAAACAAGUCAACCUCUCAGAUCUGAUCUGGUGACUACAAGGUCAAGCAGCACAAACUUUGGUGGUAGCAGCUUCAGACUACGAAAGGAGUAAUAAGCAGGAUUCAAAGAUGAUGGUUACACGAGAGCAUCCAAUGAGGAGCAGGGAAUGCCAGCUUUGCCAUGAAAACCCGCUCUCUUCGCCAAGCAUGACCAAAAUGAUUGUAGAGGCGAUCGCUGCCCUCAAGGAGAGGAAGGGGUCGAGCUCGGUGGCCAUCAGCAAGUACGUCGAGGGGAAGCAUGGCGGCAAGCUCCCCACCAACUUCCGCAAGCAGCUCACUGUGCAGCUGAAGAAGCUCGCUGCCGCCGGCAAGCUGACGAGGGUGAAGAACUCCUUCAAGCUGCCGGCCACCGACGCCAAGCCCAAGGCCGCCAAGCCCAAGGCACCCAAGGCCGCGCCCAAGCCCAAGCCCUCGCCGAAGGCGAAGGCCAAGACCGCUGCGAAGCCCAAGGCGGCGUCGCCCAAACCCAAGGCCAAGGCCAAGGCCAAGCCUGUCGCUCCUGCCGCCGCGUCGCCCAAGCCCCGCGGGCGCCCUCCCAAGGUCGCCAAGACCUCCGCCAAGGCCUCCCCCGCCAAGGCAGCCAAGAAGGCGGCUGCUCCUGCCAAGAAGGGAAAGGCAGCGGCGGCUCCUAAGAAGGUGGCAACCCCGAAGAAGGCUGCUGCUGCUGCCGCCCCGGCCAGGAAGGGCGUGGCCAGGAAGGCCAAGAAGUAGUCUGCCUGCCUUGUCGCUGGCGAGAUCCCCCCCUCAAUUCCGCCUAUAGAUUCCCCUCUUUCAUGGAUUUUGAUCCAAUCGUAAUAUUGUCAGUAGCUCUAGAUUCGUCGGUAGCUCCAGCAUGAGUGUCGGUGGUAGUUCUGUGCCUGUAAAAACUUGGGAUAGUUGAUCGCGUGUGAUCAGCCGUCAUGCUCCUCCAGUCUCUAUGAACAAGCUAAGCUAUAAUAGUAUUUUGCUAUCCUAUGAUCCCCGGGUUGUUGGCU